AUGUUUCCAAUUACUGGUUGUUAUAGUAACAAUAUCCGUAUUUUAGUCAAUAGUAGUAAACGUAGACUAUUGUGGUCCAGUAAACUUUUCAAAAUUAAUAAAGAUGAGACAACUAGCAAUUCAGCCAUUAAAGGUGUCAGAUCCUCAACCAAAGAUAUGACAUAUACUUUGUGUAAGACUAUAAAUGAUGUUUCUCCACAGCGUACUUUCAGUAUUGUAUCACAAAUACAACAAUAUCAAGAUUAUAUACCCUAUUGUAAAGAAUCUGUAGUACAUGAAAGAGACCAAUCCACUAAUUGGCCAAUUUUGGCAAGUUUAAGGGUGGGGUUUAAACAAUAUGACGAGAAAUUUGUAUGUAAUGUUAAAUGUAAUAAAGAAUCUGAUAAUCAUUAUAUGAUUGUUGCAGAUUCAAUCUCCGAUCAUUUAUUUAAUGGAUUUGUUUGCCAAUGGGAGAUUGUCUCGCAUCCAGGCCGUCCCAACUCGUCUCAAAUUAAAUUAUCUUUAAAAUUUCAAUUCAAAUCCUCUUUAUAUAAUAAUGUUGCAUCUCUCUUUGCAAGGAGUUUGACAUCUUUAGCAUUGAACUCGUUCCAUAAAAGAAUUAUACAAUAUGAAAGAAAUGAAAUGAAGAGACCAUAA